CGGAACGCCGGGCCUCUCCUGUCCUACGUUUCGGUAUUUCUAUGUGCCUUCUUUCAUCAUUGACAACCACCGGAGUAAAUCUAUGGCUUGGCGAAUCUACCGUGACCACCGACUAGCGUUGUAGAGAGAGAGUUCCCCCGCACCUCCCCCCGCAAUCGUAUAUCGGGCGAGCUGACUCAGGGAGACCGGCUUGCCUUACAUUUAUGGUAGCGUGGCGCUCCCAUCACAUCGGCACCACCAAUCGGCACGUCCUGAUGCACACCCCCGCGGUUGUAAUGGACUCGCCUAGCACCCUUCUUGAGUUAACGGAAAUAGGUCCAAGACGUGAAAACUUGUAGCCAGUUUAUUAAAAGUAAUCGAACUGCGUCCGAGGAUGCUGAGGUUAUAGAUCUGUGACGGGACGUCUACAAAAACCAUGAUCUUUGGAAAAGGAGUUUAUGCUUGUGUUACCUACCAAAAGAUAAAAAUGUUUGUGAGCGGAGUCGUUGUGAUAUUCGUGAGCUUGUUUCUUCAAGACGGAAGAGCCUACAAUGUGGAUAUAGAAGGGGCUAUGGUUCACUCAGGAGAAGUGGGGUCUAUGUUUGGGUACUCCGUCGCUCAACAUAUAGACCAAUCAACAAGUUGGCUGCUGAUUGGAGCGCCCAAGGCCCAGACCUCGCAGCCAGGAAUUACCAAGGGUGGAGCAGUUUACAGGUGUACCACCAAUAGGAAAAACUAUUGUCAUGAAAUACCUUUUGACGAAAGUGGAAAUAAUUUAAAAUAUGUAGCUAGGACCCAAGACUAUAGAGAGAUAGACGACAAGUCUAACCAGUGGUUUGGAGCCACUGUACGGAGCUCGGGACAAAAUGGAGUCAUUGUGGCCUGUGCUCCUAGAUAUGUGUAUCUUUCCAAAGAUUAUAACAAAAGAGAGCCGGUCGGAACAUGUUACAUUUCAAAAUCAUCUACAACACAAGCUCAGGAGUUUUCACCAUGCAGAAGAGCGGUGGAUCGACUUCCUGUCUCCGACCAGUUUCACAAACACGGCUAUUGCCAGGCGGGGCUUUCCGCCUCGGUGACCGAAGAUGGACGGAAGAUGAUGGUUGCAGCGGUCGGAAGCUGGUACUGGCAAGGUCAGCUGUACAACUACGAAGUAAAGAACAAGGAGUAUGUGUCGACGCGGGAGGGGCCCCCAGAGGACGACGACAGCUACAUGGGCUAUGCCAGCGCCGUCGGGGACUUUGAUGGGGACAACAUCGAAGAUUAUGUGGUUAGCGUACCCAAAGGCGACCUCCAUCUUGGCAGGGUGGCCAUGUUCACCCAGAACCUGACAAACAUCCAGAACAUCACGGGAGAACAGGUUGGUGCCUACUUUGGAUAUUCCCUGGCAGUGACAGACUUGGACGGAGAUGACCUGGAUGAUAUCAUUGUUGGGGCUCCGUUCUAUGCAGUCUUGAAGACCUCCAAGACCUACGAGACAGGAAGAGUGUACAUAUUCUACCAGUCAGAGAAGCACACGUUCAAGGCCAGCAAGAAAGAUAUUCUUGAUGGCAAGGAGAGCUUGUCAAGAUUUGGGCACGCCCUCACCAAACUCGGCGACAUCAACUAUGACGGAUAUAAUGAUCUGGCUGUGGGAGCUCCUUACGCAGGCGAGGAUCACAAGGGGGCCGUCUACAUCUACCAUGGUUCCAAGAAGGGCAUCAUCACACAGGUGUCACAGAUCAUCCUCCCCAAGGACCUGGACACAGGACUGUUUACCUUCGGCUACUCUCUCUCCGGGGGCAUGGACCAGGAUGGCAAUACAUACCCCGAUCUCCUGGUUGGUGCCUAUGGGGCAGACAAAGCAGUUUUCCUAAGAACUCGCCCUGUGGUGCGUGUAUACGCUAGUCUCAAGAUUGACCCUGUUGUUAUCAACCUCGACCAUCGGAGCUGCUCCCUCAUUGAUGACAAGAGAGUCACAUGUCUGACGGUGUACACAUGUCUGGAGUACACUGGCCAGGGCGUGGCUGAGGAGCUGUUCUUCGACCUGACCUGGGAGUUGGACACGCUGCAGCGGAAUCGGUCUCGGGAGGAGCAGCGGGCGUACUACCUGACCACUGAGAAGGACGUGGUGGAGAAGAACACGGUCAAACUGACCAAGAAGGCCACGUGGUGCACCUCCUCCUUUGCAUACGUCCUGGAUGACAUCUCAGACAAACUUACACCCAUUGCUGUAGACUUCAAGUUUGCACUGAGGACGGUGAAGUCAGGAAGCAGCAAUCGUAAGAAGAGGUCACUGGACCCCAUCCUGGACCAGUACAUCAGGACCUCGGUCCGGACAGAGGCUCAAAUCUUGAAAAACUGUGGCCGAGAUAACGUCUGUUACCCAGACCUCCGGGUCCACUCCUUCAGGGUGUCUGCGGCCCACAUCAUCGGCACGACGACGGAGUUGGAGAUCCUCAUCAUGGUGGAGAACCGCGGGGAGGAUGCCUUCAACACACAGCUGUUCAUCAACCUGCCGCAGGGCGUGUCCAUCAAGGGCAUCCAGGGCGUGCAGAGCAUGCAGGGGGUGGCGCCGGUGAGCUGUGACCGUUUGAGAAUAAACAACGAGGACAUGGUGAACUGUGACCUGGGAAACCCACUUCCGACGCGAGCUAAGACCAACUUCACACUCAAGGUGUCUCCAAAGGAUUUCAAUGGAACCAACGACCAACUCGUGUUUGCUCUUGAAGUCAACAGUUCUAACCCCGAGAACCUGACUGACACCGUCAACAACUACGCCAGUGUCUCCAUCCCUGUCACUGCAGCAGCUGACAUCCUCAUCAACGGAAAAUCCACUCCCGAACAGAUUAUUGUAAACACAUCUCGAGUGCGACUGAAUAACGACCAAAUUCGAACACGACCUGUUGAACAUCUUUAUCAGGUACAAAAUCUCGGCCCCAGUUCGACGGAGACGAUAGAUCUACAGAUUUAUUGGCCCAGUCAUGAUAACGAUGGGGAACCAAUUUUACCCCUCACGUCAGCACCUGAGGUUACCAAGGGCAACGGCCAGUGUCAGAUAAUAUUUGUAACACCUGCUAACAGUUCAGAUAUUCUGAGAUACAGCCUGACGGACCCGAACGAUGUUGUCGUGGUGCUUCAGGAACAGAGGUCAGGAGACAGAACAAAACGAGCAAACAAAGGCCGUGUGGCCUGCACUGAUUGGUGCACAGUCAUCAAGUGCACUGUGGGAUACCUAAAUCCAGAUGACAACUUCCUGAUCAAGAUAAGAGCCAACCUGAUGGUGGAUGAAUUUAUAAGGAACCAGAUGCCACAUGCACUCCUGACGUCGACAGCCUUCGCCCGUGUCGUCUCCAUGCCGUACAAACUGAAGUCUGUGGACCCGACGUUAUUUGCUACAGCCAAACAGUCUAUUGUGACGGAUGUGAACAUUGACAAGCCAGACAUUGGUGGCCGGCCCAUCGAGAUCUGGAUCAUAGCUGUGGCAGUGUCUGCAGGACUGCUAGUUCUUCUCUUGAUCAUUAUCCUGCUGUGGUGGUGUGGCUUCUUCAAGAGGAGGAAGCCAGAGGAUGACGGCUACUUGGUUGCCAACGGCAGCCCACGGAACAUUGAGGACAAAACAUUUGAAUGAGCAAAAAUUCACCUUCGAACAAGUUUGGGAAAAAGUUGUAAAAUCUAUGUGGCAUCAAGGCUGAUUCCCACGACCCCUGAAAGAGGCACAUGUUGUGAUUCCAGUGUAAAUUCAAAAGUCCAAGCUGCAGUGUGAUAAAAUGUGAAAUCACAAAACUCUCCAUGUGAUAUCCACGAUAUCAACUCCCUAUGUGAUAUCCAUGAUAUCAACAUAUGGUUGAUAACAAUCUUGAUGCCUAUUUCACAGUAUGCCGCCAUCUGUGCCUUAUUUCAGGGAAUAAGCGAUCGUAACACACCAGACAUUGUGAUUCUGAAACAAUGUUUCCAACAGAAGAGGAACAAUCAUGUGACUAGUUACCAUGGAGACAGUAUGACUUCUGCAUUAGAGUCAUUCCAUCACACUGCCUGAUCACAUGAUCGGUUCACAUCCAGGCUUCCAUUGUCCACGAAUUCACUGCCUUAUAUGGUCAUUUGGAGUAGGGCUGGGACAAGUCCAAAUCUAUUACUCGGGUACCCGACACCCUAUUACCUGACCCUACCCGGGUACCCGUUGUAGGUCUUAAGAGUUGGGUACAAAAUGUCCGAUUGGGGAUUGUUUGACCGGAGCCCUGGCAAAAAGUAUUUAGAUACACGUAUAAAAGGAUCCAGUCAUGCAUACACUGAAGUUGACUGAAAGUCAUCUUUAUUCACACAAAUACAAGUCAGAAGGAAUGGGUGCAUAGUCAGAAAGAAAUGCAAACAUUAGUGACUUGUAGUGUAACCAUGGAGUUCUAGAUAAUUUAUCACGUGACUAACCACGGUUCCAGGUAGUCCUGUGGAUACUUGGGUCCUACUCAAUUCCCACCUGACCGAGUACCCAAGUAACCCGUCCCAGCCCAAACUUAGAGACGAAAAAGCAACAGAAUAUUAAUUUAGUCUACAAGUAACAAACAAUAGACGAAAAAGCAACAGAAUAUUAAUUUAGUCUACAAGUAACAAACAAUAGCAUAAGGUUGGUAAUGAGGUUCUGUGGAGGUGGAAUUCAUAUAUUACCCAAAGUCAUGGCCAGUGUGAGUAUGUAAAAACCUUUAUCGUACCUCAAUGAAAGCCUUUCAUAGCACUCAAUAAUGCUCUCACUUGGAGCUGUCUGGUCAAGUAUCAGAAAUCUUCCAGUGAUUCCAUGACAUAAUGAUUCAUACCUUAUUAUACAUACUUUGAAAUAAUAGUGCAAUAGGGUCAAAUUCUAGGUGUUGAAUAUUACAAAUCCACUACCACGGCCAUGCAAGGGCAGGUGGUUGAACUACAGAGAAAUAUAGAGCCAUAAUUACCAUAUAUGCAAUCAUUCACAUAUUUCCAUGUGUUAUAAAGAUAUAUUCAGUGUGCCAUUAUAGUCAACAAUACUCCUCUGGGUGGUAGUGUACCCAUGGUGCUAUCAACAUAUACUGCUUUCAGUACAACUAAUUAAAUGACCAUUGAGCGGUGUGUAUUCUAAUGGUAGGACAACUAGUUAUUAUCUUCUUAUGAGUGGCGCCAAAGACUUGAGUGAGAGAAUUGUAGUAUGUGCUGCAGGUCAGAGGAAAGGGGGAAUAACUUGUGUAUCUUCUGUUGUAAUCAAAAGUAUAAAACAGUUUGAACGCCAUAGUCUCUUGUUCAAGAUGAGAAAUCGGAAAAAAUGAAAGACAAUGAUGUUAGUGUUUAUUUGAGGUUAGUUUUAUAUCAACACUUGAAAUUAAUAAUUUGAACAAAAUAAAUAUUAUGAAAUAUGUUUUGAAAUAAAAAAAAAAUUAAUAAGAACUAUAAUAUUAUUUGUUUUGCUACAUAAUAAACAUAAAUUGGACAGAAUUAGAUAUUUCUUAUCUAGAACUGCACAUGGUAUUUGAGACUACAUCUGUGUGAAUUAUACAAGAAUGUCUGAUUCAUUGUAUAUGUGUAGUACCAUCAGAAACCAGAUACGAGUAUAGUAGCCAUUGGUUACAUGAAAGUGUGGAUUAUUUUGACAAUUAUAUGUAAAGGGAGUUCCAGUUAAACAUGGUUCAGAAAGAAGUGUUGAUUUUGAAAAAAACAAUUUUUUCAAUGUGUGUUUAUAAAUUUUAAAAAGCUAUAGCACUCUUGUAGUAUGGAGCUGAUGAAAUAAGAAUAAGAUAUAAGUAUUAUGAUAGAUUUUGGUAAAAAGUUACAAAAGUUAUCUCCCUUCCCACUGACCUUCAGGUGAGCCUGUGAUUGGUGUGUUUUACACAAUCGUCGUGUUAGGUUUUAAAGAAGAAUCUUAUAAAUAUUUUGUUUUCUGUAUAAAGAGUUAGGCUUCAUUUCGUUAGAUAUAGAACUUAGAGAGUGUUUGAAUCUUAAUUUAUAUCUGCAUGCUUGGUCGGAGGAGGCACUCAUGUAUGUUUGUAAUUGGAAAUGUAUUAUAUCUGUUUUAAAUAAGCAGCACUGUUUUAUCCUGGUGUGGAGAUGGAUUUUUUAAAUCACGUUCAAGAAUAGUGAGUCUUGAUGAAUGUUAUCCAUGACAAUGGAAUUACGUUUCUUAUUUCAUUGGUUGCUGUUAUGCCUUACUUUGAAAUGUUCAUCAUGAACCAUGUGUACGUGUGUUGUUCAUACAGAAACGCUAGUGAACUGCAGACAACCAUACCAUAGAUAGUGUGUGUUGACUUGGGUGAAGAGUCGUCCGUUAGGCUGCCAUUUUGAAAUAUGUUAAUUUAAGUUAAUGAAUAAACCUCUGAACAUUCGGAUAAAUAACAGACACUGUUUAUCAGGAAUUGAUAGUUUAAUUCCACAUAUAUACGAGGCCAUUGUUGUCUCUUUAUAAAUGGGAAGAACAUUUCUCACCCACUCAAUGCACUCUGAGCAUACUCCACAGUGAUUGAGGGCCAUGUAAAUUAGCCUACCGGUAUAAUUGUUUUUUUUAUGAUUAAUAUGUGCAUUUGGUUUUUUUUACAAGUAAAUGUAUGUUUUUCAGCAUCCAUGAUACCAGUACCUACACAAUAUCUGUUUUCUCCAAAACAGAGCCUAAAGUUAGGCCAAAUAAAAUACAUUAUCAGUUUGACGACAUGAAGCUUAAACAUCUAUAAGUUGCUGAUUGUCUCCCCCUUACUGUUAAAUAUACAUAUAAAUAUAUUUCAAAAUGAAGCCAACUGAUCAUUCUUUACACUGGUUCCUAUCACUUUGGUUGUCUUAGAAAAUGUUCUGAGGCCAAGAGUGGCCUACUGUUCAUGCCGUCCAUUCGUGCCUACUGAGUAUAAUUGUCUCCCCUUAUUAGCAGAGUAGUCUCCCCUGUUGGGUAAUCGACAUUCCAUCAUUAUGGAAACACUUCCUGUCGUAGUUUGGGGAUAUAAGUUGAAAUUGAAAUUAAGGGGUAAGGACAUUUUGUCUUCUUGUGCCUGUAUCAUGUGUAGGGAAACAAACUAGACUGCUUAGUUUAUUGUUUAGUUUGUUUUAGCCCUGUUUGACACAAUGAGAAUAUAUGUUAAUGGGUAAUGGCAUCAGUCUCAGAUUUCACUUAGAUUGAUAUUAAAUGGAAUUAUUGAUACUUUUGUUGAUUUUUUUGGCAAAUUUAAAUCCUUUAAAGUAUGUUGUAUUUUGUCUUAAAUUAAACAUUUCUUGACAGAAUUAAUUUGAUUUUUAUGAACACAUGAAUAUGGGCACAGUAGUCUUUGAAAAUACUUUUGAAUGGAACCGCAGCCAUGCUAAGAAGUAUGUUUUGGCUUUGCGAAAGAUCCUAUAUCAACUGCCUGGCUUCCAUUGACAGCUUGGUAUAGUUGAUGUGUUUUGUAUUAAGAUAUUUUAUUUUAUUUAUUUGAAUGUCUAUAGUUGUCAGAUGGUGUUUUUGUAUAUAUCGGGUAUGUGUCAUUGUAGAAAUAUUUCAUUCUAUAAUAAGAAAGGUAUUAUUAUGUAUGCUUGUGUUUUUAUCUGUUAAAUAUUGCAUCUCUGAAAAUAAUGCUUUUAUUAAUAAAAUAAGUUUUAUGUAACCUUCAUUUUCUAUCAAUUUAACAAAUGUAUUUGAAA